GCUUAAAAUUCUGAACCACCUUCUUAUGUUCUCCUGUCCAGGCCUUAUUCAGUUUUAUAGGACAGUGCCAUUGAGUAGCAAGUGCUCUUAGUAGUCUCCUUUGGUUUGUUUUUAGUUGGUAGGAAAAAAAAGCCUUCUAAGGGUGGAACCCUUACAGGACUCAAGUGUUCAGGCUGCCUUAACAUGAGAGGUCUUGCUAAACUGCCCUUUAAACUGAUUUAUUGCUUUACAGCUUCCUAUAAAAGUGGUUCCUGCAUGUGAGCAGCACUGACAGGUGAAGGGCAGAAACGCAGGCAAGUGGGCUGCUCCUCGUGCAGAACCUCAGAGCCAAGGGGAAGAGAGCAGCAGAAAUGGGCCGCUACUCGGGCAGGAGCAGCAGGCUCAUCCUCAUGUGCGUGAUGAGCCUCGUGCUUUUUAUUGUCGAGACCUCAGUAGCCUACGCUGGCAACUCUCUUUCCUUAGCAUCAGAUGCCUUUGCUGUUCUCUCUCACUUGAUCUCCAUGAUCAUCGGUUUGUUCAGUGUUAGGGUCAGUCGCAUCCGAUGGCACAAGGCUAACACAUACGGCUUCAGCCGGGCGGAUGUGCUGGGAGCUUUUGGCAACUCCGUUUUUGCCAGCGCUCUGAUGUUUAGCAUCUUCGUUGAGGCGAUCAAGAGGUUUAUCAGUCCUCAGAAGACUGAGAAAGCGCUGUUUGUCCUCCUUGUCGGGAUUGGAGGGCUGUUCUGCAAUGUGCUCAACUAUGUUGUCUUCAUGGACUGCUGUUAUUGUCGUUCACCCCAAGGAGACACCGAAACAGGUGAUUCACCCAAUGACCUAAAAAGCCCUCAGGAGGGGUCUGAGAAGAAAAAAGAGAAAAAGUCUGAAGCCUUGAACAUCAGAGGUGUUCUUUUGCAUGUUAUGGGAGAUGCACUUGGAUCUGUGGUUGUGGUAGUUGCUGCUACAAUCUUCCAUGUACUUCCUCUGGGGGAUGCUCCAUGUAACUGGCAGUGCUACAUUGAUCCAAGCCUCACAAUAAUUAUGGUGUUCAUCAUCUUGUCUUCUGCAUUCCCACUUAUCAAGGAGACCUCAGCUAUUUUGUUGCAGAUGGUUCCCAAAGGUGUUAAUAUGCAACUACUGACUGAGGAACUAGCUCGUGUACCAGGGGUGAGCAGCCUUCAUGAGGUGCAUGUCUGGGAGCUUGCAGGUGGGAAGAAUAUUGCUACUCUUCAUAUCAAGUGCCAAACCCCUACCGAUUACCAAGAUGCUGCUUAUAAAAUACGGAAGGUUUUCCAUGAUGCAGGGAUCCAUUCUGUGACCAUCCAGCCUGAGUACACUGACCACAAGAACUCCCAGAUACUGUGCAGCUCGCCCUGCAUCUCAAAAGCGUGUGACUCUCAGCUGUGCUGCAGUCAGCAGGAACCUCAUCUGGCUAAAACUAAUGGCUACACUGAGAAAAACGAUAGUUGCCUUUCUGCAGUGCAUAAAGACAAUGGUUCCAGGAAAACCGAUGUUGAAAUCCCUAUUGAGUACCCAGUGGCAGAGGAUAGCAUUAACAAUGUGAAAAAUUGUGAUGGCAAAUCCAUGUUGAGCAGUACACGACUUUAGGCAAUUCCCCUCUACUCUGCGCAAUGUUCUCACAGAACAGAUGUGUCCUGGCUGGGAAGGGGGUCAUCGGUGGUUGUAGCUGAAGCUGAUGUGGCAAAAAGAUUUCUGUGCUUUAGCUGUAAACCAAAAUACACCUAAAUAAGGAUUCAUAUUUCCACAAAGUGUGUUCUGAUGAAGCCUAACACAGUUCCUUCCCAAACUAUGUGUGAGUCUGUGUUGUUAGAGUGGAUGGGGUGUUUUGCUGUCUGCACUGAUGCUCGCAGUUAAUGGCCAGUGGCACUGGGAAUGAAACUCUGGCCUUUUCUGCUGAAGUGAGCCAUUUCCUGAAAGCCCUGUGGCCAGUUAAUGAUUCUACUGGGCUGAAGUACUGUAUAUUUAUAAAGGACUUCAGUAGAGAUGCUUUACUGAUCCUUAAACCCCAUUUUUCCAUAGACAGUUCAUGUUUAACGUAAUGCUUGUGCGUCUGGCCAGUGGAGUUUGUGAAUGAAAUUACAGAGUCUAAGGGGGAUGGGAAACACUUGGGAAUUUUGGCUUGCAUUGAUUGUCUCCUGUAUUUAAGGACAGAGCAGAAGCUGGUCUUGCUUCUCUACUACUGGAGUCCUAGCCUAAUCACAGAUAAGUGUGCUUAAGAAUAGACUUCUUGUCAUGAAAGCAAAGAAAUACUUUUCAUACCAAUUCUAGCACAUGGAAACACAGGCAGUCACCCAAUUAACUUUUAUCUUGUUCACUGUUCUGAUUGCGCAACUCUGUUUUUUUUUUCUCAUGACAACAGAAGGUAUCAUAGCCACAGUCUUAAUUCAUCAUUGCGCAGGAUUGUUGCCAUAUCUUUAUCAAUGAGUGUCUGUCAUUACUCAUGCUGAAUAAAUAAGCUAAUGUGUUUAUUGUGAACAGUUAAAAUUCUGCAGUUCUAUUAUUAAGACAUAAUUUAAUAUUGUAUUAAGUAAGAAAUCCCCUUUACAAUUUUAUAUGCAGUAUUAUCACUUAGAGGGAGCUUUAAAACAAAAAAUGCAGGGAAUCUUUCCUGGUUUAGUCUCAGUUGCCGGUUUGUUUUAAAGGUCCCUCCUCUCUGCCUUGCCCCUCCUCUCCCUGCCCAAAGGUGUAUUUCAAAAUGUAUUUAGUGAAGCAGUUCCAUUACCUGUUUGCUGCUUACUGUUUUUGAAGGCACGCAACGAAAACAAGAAGACACCAGUGCUGGAUUUAGGUCAGGUAUGUUCCCCAGGUUUCUGAAAAGGAGACCCGCUGCCUAAUCCAGACUGAGUGUAGCGCUUAGCCUCACUGGCUAUGCACAUCAGAUCCAGAAGCUUUCAAAUACAUUUUGCUGUCAAAAGCAGCCUUUCAAUGGUCUGUGUGGCCUGGGCAGGUUUAUUCAUUUAUUCAGGGGAACACCUUUAUAAAUAAAGAGGCAUCUUUACUUCAGUGACACCUUAACAGAAAGGGCAAAUUGAUUUCCUGCCUGGGCUGGGAAAACACCAGGACCUCCUUGUAAGGCUGGCUUGAAAGCAGGCAAUUUCUUAUUAAUAAGGAUGAUUACAUUAAGUCAAUGAAUUUUAAAACACCCAGCAGGAUAUUUUGCUGCUUGGAAAAUGGUAUUUACUGAAGCAGUGAUUCCAGUUUGAAUAACAUGUUUUGAGAUUUGUAGUUGCCCCUUUUGAACAGAUUCUUGUGUGAAUUAAUAUAUUUUAUAGCCUUCCAUUGUAAGUUUCUAUAAUAUAAACUAAACUGUGUAUUAGUGUAAUUAAAAGCUUGAUCCUCUAGUCUGAUUCUGUUGGCAGCAGCAGGGGUGAAAAAGCAGCAGGAUCUUACUUGGCAGUUAUUGCACAAAUUAAUGUAAAUCAGGAAACAUUUGUAGAAUUGCUGUGUCUUUUAAAAGCGUGUGGCAUAAAGUAAGACAGUUCUGGUUUUUUUGUCCUUAUUUUUAUCUAUGAUGAUGCUUAAAUGUCGAGGUUCAGAUGUAAAUAACAAACAUAUUUACAGGUUGGUUUUUUUUUGUGAUCUGGAAUAAAAGGCUCCCAAAAUAACAACAAAGUCUAGGGGAGAGCUCGCCUCCCAGAUACCCUCUAAAAAUAAGCACCCUUUCAUAAUUAUGCAUUUAUGUCUUAAAUCAGGUAAUUUUUAUAUGUGUAUAUUAUUAAAUGGUUGAAGAUGAGAUGGCAGUGUUGUUUAUUCUGGGAUUAGGGAAAACAAGUAUGUGUAAUGUUGGGGCAUUUGACGAAAUGGACCAUUUUCUUCUUUAUCCUUCCACUGUUUGCUAUAACUGUGUUUAUCUAUUUUUUUAAGCUUUUAAAAGUGUUGUAACCUAAAAAUACAAUGAAGUAACAUUCUUAAACUUUUUUUUUCCUGUCUGGUUGAAUGUACUGUAAUUGUUGCCUGUGAAUAAAUAGGAAAAUACCAGGUAUUAUAGAAAUCUUCAGGGCUGGAAAACAAGCAGAUUUAAAAUCUGCUUUAUUGCUUAAGCAAGCAAAACCAACAGAGCUGUGUUAUUGAUGAGAUGAGCCAUGUUUUUUCUAUGUAGGUACUUUCAGGGUAUACAGCUAAGAUUUCUGACCUGGUAUCCUUCCUUUGAGUCCCACAAUAAAGUAUCUUUCUCGUCUGUUUGAAGCAUGCCACAGCUUGGCUGUGCUCAAUGGCCUCUCUCUACAUCUGUAGAAAACUUCAUUCCAAUCAGUGUGUAUUUUGUACUGACUUAUUUCCCUUCAGUUAUUGGCAUAUCUCUUCUAAUUCUCUUGAAGUAGGCUUACCUCAUUUCGAAAUACAAUAUAUUUCAAGUAUCUGCCAUUAUCUUUGGGUCUUGUUCUAGAUUCAGUUUUGUAGCAUAUUGCGCUGUCAUGAAAUCUUGUCUGGCCUUUUUAGCCUAAUUUCUUCCACCCCUUUCCCCCCAGUUCAGUAAUGUAAAAUUUCUGAUGAUUGCAGGUUGAUUGUGCUACUCUGUCCUCUUCAAGUGCUCCUUUGGAAUUGCAUCAUUACAGCAUUCAAGUUCUCUGGCAGUGGUUGCCCCUAUCUGUCCAUCACUAUCUAUAGCAAAGGAAAUCUGUUUGUUUAAAAUACAGGUGGCUUUCAACCAGUUGUCCACCUUAUGUGUCCCUCUGAUCCAUAACCAGUCAUACAAAUCACCUACUUGUACGACAGUGAAACAUUUGCUAGCCUUGCUAGAUGGUUUUGGAGCAAAAGUGAAAUCUGGAAUGAAUUAACAUGGUAUUGAAUG